CCAUAAUCGUGCAGCUGACGGAGAAGCAACGGGCCAAGCUGGCGCAGGAGGCUCCUUCCAUCCAACCGUCGACCACAAGGGGCAAGUCCCAUGCCCCGGCAGGGCGCGCGGUGAAUCACAGCGACCAAGACACUAUCCCUUGGCUUCCGCGAACACGAAUCAAAGUGAUUCGUAGGCACCAAAGCGUGACGAUGGAUAUCAAACCCCAAAGCUCAGUGAUCCAGCAGGUCAUCCAUCACUCCUACGCAAUCGGCGACUGUAUCAUGGUGUUCGGCUCUUCUUACUCGAUCGGCAACGCUCCUGACCUCAAUUUCGUGACCUCCAAGCAUACGGUGAUGGAAAAAGCCGGGCUGGACGCAGUCGCGUUGACGGCUCUCAUCCGAGCAGCUGAAAUGCUAGGGUAUGAUGACGACUACGAUAUUGCAGAUCGUCUUGAACGCGGAUCGCAUGAUGACUACACCAAGCCGCUUACCAACUACGUCGCUCAUCGUCUGAGCCUCUUUCGAUCAGCAGUCAAGCGAGCAGUCACGCCUCCAGUCACCUAUGCUUACGACCUUGGCCGGGUCACUCGUGUCAGCUCGCCGUCUCCUAGCAGCGGGAGCCUCUUGCAAGAUAUGAAUUAUAUCUACCCGUGGUCUGCGACGAACGGCUUUGAUCGCCGAGCACCAUACGAGAACACCGCUAUCCAGGAGGCACUGCGCGCCGCCUUCUUCACACAGCAGCAAUAUCACCAUGUGGGAUUGCAGAACAGCAAUGAAUUCAAAUCCUCGUUGGAAGAUGCUCCUUCCGCCGAGCUCGAGAUCCCGGCGGAGAUGUUGUCUUUGGCAAUGACAGCGGUCGAGUCGGUGAUUUCUGAUCACAAUCUCAACCUCAUCAAACCGACCGACUUCAACGCCACAAGUUCAUCUGCCUAUCGCGCGCACCUGGUGCGUCUCACCGACUUCCAGCGAGCACGGCCCAAGCGAUACCACCGUGUGAUGCACAGCCUCUUUGUGGCUGCGACAACGGGGCAUGCAAUGCAUCCGGGCGCGAACAAUGGUGAAGCCAUCGAUUGGGCUGGUAUCCCAGAUGAGUAGAAUUUGGUAUUGUUCGCUCAUCUCGUUGCUAUCGUUCUCUCCGCUUAUCAGCUAUUGCUUUCGUAAUGAUCUUGGACACUGGAUCGGCCUCUACUAGUACUACCGUUUGAAUGCAGUGCAAUGCACGUAAUGUUCUCC